GCAUGCCAGGAAGCGUCCCGUCCUCCUUCCUGGGCGCUCCGGGGAGGCCUCCGCGGCUCGGCCCUUCGCAGCUCCUCCCGGUGCCGCCGCCGCCCGCCCUCCGCGGGGCUCCUGCAGGAUCGCGGCCGGCGGGCAGGAGGGGCGCUCCGGCGCUCCCGGCGGACGCUGCGCCCCGAGGGCCCCUUCCCAGGAGGCGCGCUGCCCGGCAGAGGCGGAGACGGCCGGCCAUGGGGCCCGUCUGACCGGCCGCGCAUGGUGGGCGACGGGAGCGGCGGGACGACGAGGAGCGCCGGCGCCCCCGCGGACCCCAAGGGGGCCGGCCCGCAUGCCCGCGCCCGCUGCGGAGCCACGGAGGGGGGAGAGCGGGAGGAGCCCCGGCCGGCCCCGGCCCCUCCGGGGGAGGCCGGCGGGGCGCGGUGGCGGUCCCUGCAGGAGCAGGCGGCCAUGGAGAGCCUGGCCGGCUACGUCUACAAGGCGGCCAGCGAGGGCCGGGUGCUGACCCUGGCCGCCCUGCUGCUCAACCGCUCCGAGGGCGACGUCCGCUACCUGCUCGGCCACGUCACGCACCAGGGCGGGCAGCGGUCCACGCCGCUCAUCAUCGCCGCGCGCAACGGGCACGCCAAGGUGGUCCGCCUGCUGCUGGAGCACUACCGGGUGCAGACGCAGCAGACCGGCACCGUCCGCUUCGAUGGUUACGUCAUAGAUGGAGCCACAGCACUGUGGUGUGCAGCUGGGGCUGGCCACUUCGAAGUUGUCAAGCUUUUGGUAAGCCAUGGGGCGAACGUUAACCACACUACCGUGACCAAUUCCACCCCUCUGCGGGCUGCCUGCUUUGACGGCAGGCUGGACAUCGUCAAGUACCUUGUGGAGAACAAUGCCAACAUUAGCAUUGCUAACAAGUAUGACAACACUUGCCUUAUGAUCGCUGCUUACAAGGGCCAUGUCGACGUGGUGCGCUUCCUUCUAGAGCAGCAUGCUGAUCCCAAUGCCAAAGCACACUGUGGCGCUACAGCAUUGCACUUUGCAGCUGAGGCGGGUCACUUGGAGAUUGUCCGGGAGCUAGUCAAGUGGGAAUCUGCCAUGAUGGUGAACGGCCAUGGCAUGACGCCUCUGAAGGCAGCUGCAGAGAGUUGUAAAGCUGAUGUUGUGGAGCUGCUGUUGGCACACGCGGACUGUGACCGCAAGAGCAGGAUCGAAGCUUUGGAACUCCUGGGUGCCUCCUUUGCAAACGACCGGGAAAAUUAUGACAUCAUGAAAACCUAUCAUUAUUUAUAUUUAGCCAUGCUCGAGCGGUACAGAGAUAGCGAGAACCUUAUAGAGAAGGACAUCCUGCCCCAGAUAGAAGCCUAUGGCAACCGGACGGAAUGCCGAACUCCUCAGGAGUUAGAACGCAUUCGCCAGGACCGAGAUGCUUUGCACAUGGAGGGCCUCAUUGUCCGUGAGCGGAUCCUGGGCUCUGAUAACAUCGAUGUGUCGCAUCCAAUUAUUUACCGUGGUGCUGUUUAUGCCGAUAACAUGCAGUUUGAACAGUGCAUUAAGCUCUGGCUCCAUGCUUUGCAUUUACGACAGAGAGGCAGUAGGAACACCCACAAGGACCUUCUCCGAUUCGCUCAAGUUUUCUCUCAGAUGAUACACUUGAAUGAGCCUGUGAAAGCCAAGGACAUUGAGAGCGUCUUGAGAUGUAGCGUCCUGGAGAUAGAGCAAGGCAUGGCCAGGGUCAAAAGCUCUCCAGAAGCUGAGCUUCACACAGCCAUGGACAACUACGAAUGCAAUAUCUUUACCUUCUUGUACUUGGUGUGCAUCUCAACCAAAACCCAGUGUAGAGAUGAGGAACAAUCACGAAUUAAUAAACAGAUUUAUAACUUAAUCCACCUGGAUCCCAGGACACGAGAUGGGUCUAGUUUGUUACACCACGCGGUCAACUCCGGUACUCCAGUCGAUGACUUCCACACCAAUGACGUCUGCAGCUUCCCUAACGCCCUGGUCACCAAACUUCUUCUGGACUGUGGCGCGGACGUCAACGCGGUGGACCACGAGGGAAACACUCCGCUGCACGUCAUAGUCCAGUACAACAGGCCCAUUAGUGACUUUUUGACCUUGCAUUCUAUCAUCAUCAGCUUGGUGGAGGCCGGUGCUCAUACAGAUAUGACAAACAAACAGAAAAAAACACCUCUCGACAAAAGUACGACGGGGGUGUCCGAAAUCCUCUUGAAGACUCAAAUGAAACUGAGCCUGAAGUGCCUGGCUGCUCGAGCUGUGCGGGUUCAUCAUAUCGGUUACCACAAUCAGAUCCCCAAGGCGUUGGAAGAAUUUGUAGAAUUCCACUAGGAAUCCGCACCUAGACGGUGAUAUCUCCCUCUCCCUCCAUGAAGGGUCAGAUAAAAUGUCAGACACAUAG